CGGUUUCUUUUUGUUAGGAAGCAGUGACACAGUCCUCAAAAUUCACUUAAAAUUUUUGAAACAUUUAAAAUUAGUUUUAGACUGGUCAUUUUUGGCAGUCCUUGAAAUCUGUUGUGUAAUGUCGCGUUACCUGCACGCCGAUCACAUUUUGGAGGCCUUCAAUGUAUUCCACAGACCAUUGGUUCUGGAUGAGGUGGCCGGAUUUGUGGCCGAAAUGGAGGCCAAGUCCGUUGAUGAGGUGCGAUUGGCGGUGGACAAUACGUUGACUGCCGGCUGGAUGCACGGUUUUUUGGACUUGGAGGAUGGCAUGUUCACACUAGUUUGUGACUAUUGGGGUGACGGACAAUCAAUUCAGGGCAGGAAAAGCCGACGACACGUGGCGAAACCGAAGCUAAGGAGGUCCUGGUAGGCCUUACGACAGUCCUUUCGACACCCGAAACGCUUGAGGUUGUGCAUUUUGCCGAUCAGAUCAUGUCCUGAGGCUUUCAAAGUCCUGAAGCGUCAACUUUCGCUAACCGAAAUCGCGGACUUUGUGAGCAGCUCCUCAAACGGGGACUCUUCCGAGGUUGGCAAGUCAUUGAAGAAAACCCUCGCUUUGGCCCUCAAACAUCGAUUCAUUCGGCAGGGCAUCUAAAUAAAUAGGGUGUAAUGUUGCGACAUAAGAUUUACUUAGAGA